AGACAGAUGGGGCUGUCUUUAGAAUUCACACGACAGCUGAAGGACUGGUGGGCGAGGAUGUGCCCUUAGAGCUGGUGUUCCAUUUACCAGCCGGUUACCCUUUGUGUCCACCCAGCAUCUCAGUUAGCUCCACACAUCUGACCAGGGCCCAGUGUGUUACUGUGAAGGAGAAGUUACUCGAAGAAGCCAGGAAGCUAUUAUCAGAACCAAUGAUUCACGAGCUGGUUCUUUGGAUUCAACAGAAUCUCAGACACGUGCUCAGCCAACCAGAGGCUGCAAGCAGCAGUGAGAAGGGCACUUGGCCAGAAAGUGCAACUGAUGACGGAUUGUGGCUAACGCUUUUGCAUUUAGAUCACAUGAGAGCAAGGACUAAAUAUGUCAAAACUGUGGAGAAGUGGGCUUCUGAGUUAAGGCUGACAGGAAGAUUGAUGUUCAUGGGCAAAACAAUACUCAUCUUACUGCAAGGAGACAGAAGCAACAUCAAGGAGUACCUGGUUCUUCAGAAAACCUCCAAAGUAGAUGUGGACUCAAGUGGAAAGAAAUGCAAAGAGAAAAUGAUUAGUGUACUGUCUGAAACAAAAGUACCAACGGAACACAAAAGGUUUCUGGCAUUCGAAGUCAAAGAGUAUUCAACAUUGGAGGAGUUACAAAAGGAAUUUGAAACUGCAGGACUUCAGGGGCUCUUCUCAGAAUGUGUGCUUGGGCUGGUAAAAUGAAGUGAAUGACAGGAGCCGUUGGUAAAGCAGCCGCUUUGUUGUUGAGUUUCCUCUGCCUUUGGGGAGGGGCUCAUUGAAGUAAUCAUAAGAGAGCAAUUUAAAGUUUCUCUGUAGCAAAAUUGUUCCCAUUCCCCGAAGAAAGCGAGUUCUGUUUUAUAGGAUGUUAAACAUGAAAAGACCCUAUGUAUUCUAAUGUUUGCUGGAAAAGACUGGGUUCAAUGGAUGGAUUAUCUGAAGGAGAAAUAAAAAAAUCUCGACAGUAAAUGAGCUGUUGUUUUUAUAUAGACAAUUUGUUUAGAAGUCUGCAAUUUUCAGACUAAUUUUCUUGUAAUUAAAUGAUUUCUUAAAGUG